AACGUCCAUAAUUUUGUUACCGAUGGGUCUGUCUUUGCUGAUCAUGUCAUAACUUAUCUGAGGUAAUAUAAUAUGAGCCUGUUUUAACCGGAAACGGACAGCUUCCUUUGUGUGAUCAUGACCUCUAGGCCAACUGUUGCCAUCAUAAUCAUAGGAGAUGAAAUACUGAAAGGUCAGACAAAAGAUACAAAUUCUCAUUUUCUUUGUAAAGAAUUUUACAAAUUGGGCAUUAGUGUGUUGCAUGUCUCUGUUAUUCCCGAUGACAUUGAUAACAUAGCAAAUGAAGUAUCUUCACUUUCUGAAAAAUUUACUUUUGUGCUGACAUCUGGUGGCAUUGGACCUACUCAUGAUGAUGUGACAUAUGAAGGGAUUGGCAAAGCCUUUAAUGAAAAAUUAAUUCUGAAUAAAACUUUACAGCUAAAGCUUGAGCAGCUGUGCCUAAGCAUUGGACUGAAUGAGUCGGCAGCAUUCAAAAUGUCCCAUGUCCCAGAAUCUGCAGAAGUUCAUCACACCAUGAGUAAUAAUCGCAAAACAUUUAUUCCAAUUGUAUCAGUCAGGAAUGUUUUCAUUUUUCCUGGCAUCCCAUCAUAUCUUGAGCAUGCAUUUACACAAUUGAAAUCAUUAUUUUGCGAGUCUGCAGCUAAAUAUUUCACCCGCAGUUUAUAUCUAGAUACCAAUGAAUUUCAUAUUACAGAUAUUUUGAAUAAUGCUGUGAAGGAGUAUGAAGGCAGAGUUAAAUUUGGAUCAUAUCCUGACCUCGAUUCCAAGUAUUACCAAGUGAAAUUAGUACUUGAAGCCGAUACUGAACAGGCUAUUAUGGAUGCAAUAGCGUUUUUACGAAGCCACUUGCCUUCAAAUGUCGUGACUGGGAAAUAUCCUCCUACUUCUGUUGAUGCAAUGAAAGAAAUGUUUAGUUUGUGCGAUAAAAAAAGCCAUAAUUUUGAUAAAGAAUUGAGCGAUUCUAUUGAAAUGAGUAUGCAAGUCCUUCAAGAGUGUUUUAAAGCAUACCAGAUUGAUGAUAUAUGUUUGAGUUUUAAUGGUGGAAAAGAUUGCACUGUGUUAUUACAUCUCGUUUUUUUAUACUAUGCUAAAAUGUAUCCCAAAUCAAAUCACAAAUUAAAAGUUUUAUAUGUUCGCAGCAAACAGCCGUUUUCAGAGAUUGAAGAUUUUAUUCAAGUAUCUGUACAGAGGUACAAUUUAAAGUUGAUAACUUAUGAUGCUCCAAUUAAAGAAGCAUUAUGCAAGUUAAAAAAGGAUCAUCUAGAGAUAAAGGCUGUUUUGAUGGGCUCUCGGCGGACUGACCCUCACUGUUCAAAUCUCAAUUCCUUUGAAAUGACAGACAGUGAUUGGCCACAAUUCAUGAGAAUUAAUCCCUUACUACACUGGAGUUAUCCCCUUGUUUGGAAGUUUCUUUGUGCUUUGGAAGUACCUUAUUGUAGCUUAUAUGACAGAGGAUACACCUCCUUGGGUUGCCGUCAUAAUACUCUACCAAAUGCUCUUCUUAAAAGUGUAACUAAAAGUGGUGAAAUGUUUUACCUUCCUGCUUAUUUAUUAAAGGAACCUGAACAAGAAAGAGAAGGACGAACUAAUAAAGCAACUUAAUAAAUUAUGACUGAAAAUAGUUAUGAAAAUGAAAAAGUUUCUUUGAAGACACUUAGUGAAAUUUGUAACUUCGUUGGAAGUAUUUCGGAAAGUGUUAUGGAAGAAAAUUCUACUGCCCUCAUAAUUGGAAGCACUGGUGAAAUAACUUUUACCAGAAACAGUUGUAAAAUUUUAUCAGAAUCUUGCUGUAACCACCCAAUUGCAAAAAUUAUCUUAAAUGCAGCUCAUAAGUAUAACCAAGUGACUGGAUAUGAUUGUGACGUAUUUUUGCUUCUUGUUAAAGAAAUUAUUGCUUGCAUCGCCAGGGAAACAACAAAUUCAGAAGAAACGCAUUUAAGACGGAUAUUUUAUGUUGAAAUCACUGAUUUCAUUCAAGUAUUGCCUUGUAUGUUCGAAAAAAUUUAUCUUCUUUCAAAUGUUCAAGUUUUUAAUUCUAAUUCUGAUGUGGACAGCAAUUUAAGCCAGCAGUUUAAAAG